AUGGUCAACAAAGGCAUUGGAGAUUUCUUUUUCCAGAAUCCUAACUCAGAUGUGAAGUCAGGUUUUCCCAUAACAAUGAAGACCAACAGCCCAGGAGUACUCAAAGCUGCCAGACACACCAGUGAAAGAUUCAAUAACUGCACAAAUAACAUUUUCUUGUUCAAAGAAUACCAUAUCAACAAAGCCCUGGUCCAGAUAGUGAAAGGCAUGAAAUAUAUGCUUGACAUAGAAAUUGGCAGGACCACCUGCAGGAAAACCAGCCAUCCCAAUCUGGACAACUGUGACUUUCAAACCAACCCCACCUUGACAGAGACAUUCAACUGCUACUCUGAGGUCUGGGUCAUCCCCUGGCUCCACAAGUUCACAGUGCCUGUUCUUCUCUGUCAUUGA